AUGCUGAAACUGGACCCGGUGACGGCACAUCCCCUGCUGGAACUCUUCAAGGGUGACACGGUGGUGCAGUGCGGGCUGUACCAGCGCCGGGACAGCAACCCCAAGCGUUUUGACUCCAGCAACUGCAUCCUCACCUGCAAGGGCUUCUCCUGCGGCCAGCACUACUGGGAGGUGAUUGUGGGCACCAGGAACCACUGGCGCGUGGGCAUCAUCAAGGGCACGGUCAGCCGCAAAGGGAAGCUCAGCAAGUCUCCCGAGAACGGCGUGUGGCUCAUCGGCCUCAAGGAAGGGAAAGUCUACGAGGCCUUCAGCACCCCGCGGGCCACGCUGCCGCUGACCGCCCGGCCGCAGCGCAUCGGGAUCUACCUGCACUACGAGAAGGGCGAGCUGACCUUCUACAACGCCGACAGCCCCGACGAGCUCAGCCCCAUCUACACCUUCCAGGCGGAGUUCCAGGGCCAGCUCUACCCCAUCGUGGACCUGUGCUGGCCGGAGCGAGGGCCCUUCUCCCCUCCCAUCAUCCUGCCCUCUCCCGCUGCCGGCCGGCACACCCAGGGCCCCCCCGCGGCGGAGGAGCCCCCCAAGCCGUAG